AUGGAAAAUUCUUACUAUAUAUUUAAAGAUGACAUUACUGGACAAGAAAGAGACUUUAUUGAUGGUCUCAUAAAAAUAUAUAAUGAAACUACAUACCUUGGAUGGGAUGCGAAAAUAAAAUAUGAAAUCGAUAAAUACCAAAUCACAUAUCAACGAACAAGAGAAGAAUCAUUUCAACUUCUUAAAUCUUUAUUUUCUUCCCCAUUAUCCAAAAAAGAUGCUAUUCAUGCAAGUCUUCUCGGAUUCUGUUAUCAUUACGGAGUCGGAACAAAACCUAACAAAGAGCUUGCACUCAACUACUACAAAAUAGCUGGCGACUUAAAAGACGGCUUUGCAUUAGCACAAUUCGGAACACACCAAAAAAAAAGAAAGUAUUCUCCUACAAAUAAAGCAUAUUAUUUAAAGAAUGCAGCAGCGACAGGACAUCCACAUGGUGUUUUUAAUUUUUCGUUUUAUCAAAGUAAAAGAGAAAUGUCUUUGAUAGUUCGAAAGCUAGCUGAGAAAGAUUAUUUACCGGCUAUUUACAGAUAUGUUCGAGCCUUGCAUUCAGGAAACGAUUGUAACAGGGAUUUACAUCAAGCGCUCAGAUAUGCUGUAAGGUUUCAUCGUGUUUCGAGCAUUGAAGGAGAAGAAUAUAAUUUCACAUUUAUAUUUCGAUUACCUAGAAAGUUUUUUUAUUGA